CAAACCAGACAGACGUAUCUUUGGAACGCUCCAGUUAAACUGCCAAAUUUAUAAAGAACUAAGCCUUUCUGCAACCUGCAAGCGACUUUAAAGCAAAGACUGGCACCAAAAAUACCACUGUUGAUGAAGACAACAUUUCUGCUACGCUGGUUACUGCUUACACUAAUACCACAAAAUAAAAAUAAUAACAUCAGCUGGCCUUGUCCUUCAUACAUAGUGCUGACAAAAUAACGAUUAAAACCGAUAAUAGUCCGAAAAAAUUAUCGAUAAAUUUAAACAGCGUUGCCAAUUGACAAUUAAAAUCCGUUACAUUGUACAUAAUUUGAAAAAAUGCAACGUACUCCACCACAUACACCAGCAGCUGCUACCCAGCAAACAAUUACAGGUCAGUCGUCGAAACGCAACCGAUUGGAAGUAUCACCAGGAAAUUUGAGCGAUACACCUGUAGCUUCAAGUGGUCUUUCUCAAUUAGAACUUAUAAAAGUAAUAACUAAUACAAUAAAUUCAAAUUUGGAUGAGAAGCUAAAAACACUGUCGACAAAAGCAGACAUAGCGGAGGUCAAAAUGGAAAUAGGAGCAAUAAAUUCAGAAUUAAAUCACUUAAGAUUGGAAAACCAGCAGUUAAAAACUGAGUUAAUUAAAGUAAAACGAGAAUGUGAAGAAACCAAAAAAGACAUGAUUUGGAUGCAAGAGCAAAUAAGAAGCAACAAAGUUUUAAUUAGGGGUUUAAAUGCGUCCAACGAACCGGCAGCGGAAAUUAAUAAUUUAUUCACAAAUAAGUUGCAAAUUAGCCCUGUGAUAAAAUAUGCUCGCAAAAUAUUUGAAAGAAAUGGGAAAAUGAACGUGGUAGUUGAGUUCAACAGCCACCAGGGGGUAGAUGAUGUGUUCCGAAACGUCAGAAAAUUGAUUGGCUCGAACAUAUACAUAGAACGCGAUCUUAUACCAACAAAGCGACAAAUUAAGAAAGCUUCACUACUUCUAAAAUAUAAAAUAAUGGCAAUUAGCAAACAGCAUCGAAUCAUUGUGCAGGAGAACAAACUUAAAAUUAAAGAUACCUGGUUUCAUUGGGAUAGAGAACAUAAAUUAAUGGCCGGAAAAAACGAUGCAAAACAUGAACUUUUAAAGCUAUAUGGAGAUUGCAUGGAACAGUUUGAUACUGACUAUGAAACUCUGCUAACCGAAUUGAAUUCAAAAAACUAAUGAAAGUAAAUAAUAUAUCAUCACAAAAACUUUCAAUAAUAGCAUAUAAUGUAAACGGAAUAGAAAAUAAGUACA